AUGUCGAAGCAACAGGAUAAUCUAUUUUAAAAUAAUAAAUCUUAAAGGACACUUCGAACAGAAUAAAGCAAAUAAUAUGAAACUGGACAUUUGUAGCCUACUCUGAAAUAAGUGAAUUCUCCUCAUCAUUCUCAGUCUAUUUCACCUAUUCGAAGUCCAAAUGAAUUGAGUAUUGAUAAUAAGUAAGGAUUCAAUGGAUAACCAAAUAUAAAAAAUGCUGACUAGGUAGAAAUAUUAAAAUAAACAAAAGCAAAUAGGAGCACUUAUUUAAGAGAUUGAGAAACAAAAUAUCUGUAUAAAAUUAAAGACACAAUAAAUAUAGGAAUGUUAAUCAAAAAUAAGUUAACUUGAAUUGCAUUAUGGAUUAAAGAUUGAAGAGUUGGAAACACAGCAUCUUUAUUAAAUAUAAUUAACAUAAAGUUAAUUAAGAGAGAAAUAAUAGGAGAAUGCAAAUUUAAUUAAUGAAAUUAAUCAAUUAAAAUCUCAAAAAAAUAAAUAUAAUUUACUUGUUGAACAAACAAAUAUAGAAAACAAUUAAUUAAGGGAAUAAUUAAGAAAAUUUUAGAUGCUAAAUUCUACAUAAACAGGAGAUAUAGUUGAUGAUCCAUCUUCAAAAUAAUAGAAAUUAGAAAUAAUUUAAAUAAAAUAAUAAAUGAUAAGAUUAAAUGAAGUUAUAAAAAGUUUAGAAGAAUAAAAUAAAUAUUAUGAAGAAGAAUGUAAUAGACAUUUUAAAGAAAAUUAAUAUUUAAUUAAUAUUCAAAAUGAUUUAACUUAAUAAUUAGAAGCAUAUAAAAAAGAAUUGUUACAAUUUUAAGAAGAAAAUAAAGUAUUGUUAGAAAAAAUAAAUAAAAGUAAAGAAGAGUUCAAUAUUUCUUAAGAAUAAUUAAUUUAAUAAUUAAAAUAGGAAUAGAUAGAAAAACAAUAGCUUUAAAACUAAUAUUAAUAAAAGAUCCUUGAAUUAUAAAAUGUAACAUCUUAAUUAGAAUCUAAAAUUUAAGAAACACAAUAGACAUCUUCUUAAAUGAAUUAAUAUUCUUGGAAAAUUAAUUAAUUAGAAUAAUAAGAGAAGGAUCUAUAAAAUUUAGUUGAGCAUUAAACAACACAAAUUUCUUAAUAACGAAAAACUAUAAAUCUUCUUGAAUAAAACUUAUAAAAUUCAUAGAACACAGAAAUUUAAUAUCAAUAAUUAUUAUAAAAUUAUAAUAGUAUUAAAGAAUAGUUUUAAUAAUAUUCAAUUUCUGAACAUAAUGCAUAAAAAUAAUAUUUAGAAUAAUAAAAUAAAAUAGAUAAAUUAACAGUAAUGUUAAAAAAUAGAUUAAACGAAAUAGAAUUAUGGAAAAAUAAAUGUUAUGAGAAUAGUUCAUAAUAAAAUAGACAACUUUUAGAUUAACUUAUAUAAGAGAAUGAAAUAUUAAAAUAGAAGUAUUAUUGAUAUUUUUUAGUUAGAUGUAAUAUUUUAGAAAUAAAUAUCAAAGAAAAUAGCAACCCUUCUUAAUCUUAAGAAAUCAAUAAACUUAAUCUUAUAGUAAAUAUAUAAAUUAUAAAUUAGAUUAAAUAAUAAUAAGAUAAAAUUAUAUACUAAUAAUAGCUUUUGGAAAAUCAAAAAAAAUAAAUGAGCAGUCCUAAAAGUUAAAAAACAUUUACAACAGAAAUUAAUGUAAAAGAUUUUAAUACAAAAGGUAAACAUAAUUGA